ACCAAGAACUUUAUUGAUAGAGAGUGUUUACAAUAGAGGGAGAAUGAUAGUGGAAAAUAAUCUACUUCCGUAGGUUGAUCCUAGAGGUAUUUAUAAAAUGCUUAAAUACAGUUAUUUUAAGAAUACAAUUUUAUUUAAUUGGUGUUUGGGUAUUCUUAUCCUAUCAGGAUUUAUUCUAUCCUUACAUCGAUAGGAUUAUCUCUAGAUUGUCUACACAUAUCCUAAUUAUUAUAGGACUUGCUUUUAGGAAAGACUUCUUUGAUUUUGGUUACGCCGGUUGUCUUGUGAUGGCUGUUAAUCCUUUUGCUUUUGGUUUUGUUUCGAUUUCUGCUUCCGGCUCUGUUCCAAUCUCUGCUUCUAGCUCUGUUUCGAUCUCUGCUUCCAAUUCCAUUUCAAUUUCUACCUCCAGCUCUGUUCCGAUUUCUGCUUCUGGCUCUGUUUCGGUCUUUGCUUCCGUUGGUUCUUUCAUCGAUGAUGUGGGUAUCCUUCCCUUUCCUUUUGAGCCGAAGUUCUUUGAUAUUUUUUGCCUUUCCUAAUAAUGCAGAUGGGAAGUUUGUUGUGAAGGGUGCUUUACGCCAUGUGGAGAGGGAUCCUGUGACCCUUCCUUUUCCAAUGGAGGUUCAUACGAUUUUUUCUCCCAAGCCUGUCUUCUUAACUAAAGAGAGAGCAGUUGGUCCUCCAAUGCCUUUAGGAGCGCUGCAUCCAAGAACAACACCACCUUCAUCGCCUCAAUCCUUCUAUCUCCGACUCCUCCAAACGCUCCCCCAAUUCCAACUGCGAGAUCAUGAAAGGAGGUGAGACAGGGAACGCUGCUUGGGAUGCUACAAUUGCCAGCAUGAGGAGGAAGCCAAGGAGCGUGAGUGUGCGUGGUUGGAGAAAUUCGCAGAUUGAGAUUGUGAGAAGGAGUUGAAGGUCAUUAAAGAAGAGUAUAUUGGAUCAAAAUCUUCACAAGGCCCAGCUCAAGGGUUCCUAGUCGGAGCUUGUUGUCAAGAAUGUGAGAGAGAUGUAGUCCCUUGCUAAGUUGAUUGUGCUUGAUGGCAUCUCUGAGUUUGAGAGCAUGGAUGUUGUUGUGUAGGUUUAAAUUGAUCCAAAGUUGAAGAAAGUUUAUGAUUAAGGUUCAAUGCAUGUUCCUUUGGGCAGAUCUCUGGUUGAAGUAGAGUAAGGAUUGGGCAGCUUUUGAGGAUCAGAGGAUUCUGUUAUAGCUAUUCACAGUUUGGAGUAGUUUUGUGAAUGCGGAGGUUCUUAAGGUUUAUGAUGCUAGUUCCCAUUGUCUGUCUGUUUUCUGCAACUCAUUGGUACUUUGGAUUCUUGCUGCUUGUAUGCUAAGGUUGAUCUUAUUUAGAUACGAGGGAAGAGCAAAGAGUUGUGCAUCUUGUAAUUGAAUUCCUCUGCUUGGAGCUUUUUAGCCUAUGUGGCCUUCUCCCAAAAGUUUCUCAAGAGAAAGGUUAGUUUUCUUAAAAACACAAUAACUUGCAUGAUUAUUGGGGUUGAAAAUUAGAAAAUUAAAAAGUAAAUAUACUU